CAGCGUUCAACAGUGAGUGAAGUGAGUGAGCUGUGCGUAACUACAACGAACAGUCGAUAACACUUGAAUUUCGCUUUCCAUAUUUUAUAAAAUAUUCGAGUGCUAAAUAAAUAGAAUUCUAACUUUUGUCUUAAUCUAAUUUUCAUUUGAAUUAAUUCAUUACAUUCCAAUAAAGAAUUAAAUUAAACUCUAAACUUUAACGGGUUAUUUCAUGUGACUAUGAACAUGGUUACAAAAUGAUAACAUUCUGAUUUCAUCAUAAUCACAGUGCUGUGAACAUAAACAACAAUUUAUAUCAAUCGAGAGUCGAAUGAUAAACGAACUUCAUAAACUGACAGCAGGUCUUCAUAAUCAAAAGCAAGACAAAUAACACCGACGAAAUAUAUGUGAAGUGGUUUCAGUUUUCAUACGUUCAUCGGCAAAUCAUCGGUGUUCUUAAACGUGUUUUUCAUUAAGCUUUUUAUUAAUUGUUGAUAAAUAAAUAGAUUAAAAGACAAUUGAAGAAGUUUCAAAAUGCCUGACAUUAAACUUACCCCAUUGGGAGCAGGCCAAGAUGUUGGUCGGAGUUGUCUGUUGCUGUCCAUGGGCGGCAAGAACAUAAUGCUCGACUGCGGCAUGCACAUGGGUUUCAACGACGAGCGGCGCUUUCCCGAUUUCUCGUACAUCGUUCCUGAAGGACCAAUUACCAGUCACAUCGAUUGUGUUAUCAUAUCACAUUUCCAUUUGGAACAUUGUGGAGCCCUGCCAUACAUGUCAGAAGUUAUUGGUUUUAACGGUCCAAUUUACAUGACCCGCCCAACAAAAGCCCUCGUGCCAAUUCUCUAUGAAGAAUUACGUAAACUAAACCUCCAAAAUAAAGGAAACACAAAUUAUUGUUCAACACAAGCAGUCAAAAACUGCAUAAAGAAAAUAACCGCCGUCGAUCUGCAUCAGAGUAUUAUGGUUGACAAUGAGCUGGAAAUCAAAGCCUACUAUGCCGGUCAUGUAUUAGGUGCAGCAAUGUUCUGGAUAAAAGUUGGAUCCCAAUCGGUCGUCUACACUGGUGACUUCAAUAUGAAUCCCGACCGGCAUCUGGGUGCUGCCUGGAUCGACAAAUGUCAACCAGAUGUACUCAUAACCGAAAGUCAUUAUGCCACCACAAAUCCCACAAAAAAACGAUGCAGCGAUGAAGAUUUCCUCAAAUAUGUACACGACUGUCUGUCGAGAGGGGGUAAGGUUCUCAUACCGAUUUUCAUAUUGGGUCGAGCUCAGGAACUCUGUCUGAUUUUGGACCAAUAUUGGCAGAAAAUGAAUCUGACCUACCCCAUAUACUUUGCCACAGAAAGUUUGACAGAGCGAACAAAUUCAUAUUAUAAAAUGUUUAUCAGUUGGACCAAUCAACAAAUGCACAAAUCUAAUCCCGAGGGGGAGGCUUUUGAAUUUAAACACAUCAAAUCGUUUCAUCGGAGUUACACUGAUGACCCGGAGCCAAUGGUGGUGUUGGCGACAAAUGGUAUGCUGCAGGCGGGUUUGUCGAUGCAAAUAUUCAAAGAAUGGGCACAUGAUGAGAAGAAUUUGUUAAUACUGCCGGAUAUUUGUGAAAAGGGAACAUUGGGUCAUAAGAUUAUGUCAGGUGCAAGGGAAAUUCAAUUUCGAAAUAAUGAGAUUAUCAAAGUACUAUUGCAAGUGGAGCAGAUGGAUUUUGAUGCUGUUGCUGAUUUGAAUGGGCUAAUACAACUUAUUGAACAAUGUGCUCCCAAAAAUGUUGUCCUGGUCCAUGGUCAUCAUGAGCACCGACAACUUUUGCUUUCAAAAACCAACAAAGAAAUCAGAUUCGAAUGUGAAAUUCUUUCGACCGGCGAAACUUGUGUAUUUGAAUCAUUUGUCAGAAUGCCAACCGAGCACGAAUUGCAUCUAUUUACAAACGAACAUAAAAGAAUAUGCCGGGCCCGAGGGCCUCCGCCCACACCAAUUAAACGCACCAACGUCUUCACCGUCCACGUUGCUGAAGAAAAGCGAAUAGUCAUGUUGAAUAUGAAUGUUGUUGAAGGUUGCAAAGGAAACUUUAACAUUGAACAGACUUUAAAUUUUCGUGCUAAAUAUAAUCUCGAUGAUCCAACAACGCCGUCAUCAUCAUCUGAACCAAAGUUAAAAACUUUAGAUAAAUUAUUUAUUUUGUUCAGAGAAAAGCUGAAAGAUUGGAAGGUAAAAUUAGACGAAGAUAAUUCGAAAGUUAUCGUGGAAAGUGUGGAACUGGAUGUAGUUGUUCCUGACGAAAAAGUCCCCUCAAGAACAAAUUUAACCAUUUCUUGGAAAAAUCGAGAUGAUGAUAUUGCUCGUUAUAUAAUGGAAGUCUUGUCUAAUUUAAGUUGAAAAAAAGAAGAGAUCGAUAAACAUUAAAAACCGGGAAAAAUGCAAUAAAAGAUUACGAGUAGAAAUUCCGAUACCGAGAAAAAUAUAAUUUAGCGUAGCUUUAGUUAUUUUAAGUUAGGUUAAAAGUUUUGUUAAAUUUGUAAAUGUUAUGAACUCAUAAAUCUGUUAAAGUUAUGAACCCGUAGCUUCUAAGAAACUAUUUAAAACUAGGUAAAAGAAGAAGCUUUAAAUAUUUAUAUGAAACAUUGAGGCUAUGCUAUGCGUAUAUGUAUGGUCUUGAUUAAGAGGAUUUAGUAUAGAUUGAUGUAUUUCUAUUGCAAUAUAAAAGGCUAAAAGCCUGUAUCAAGCCACAACAAAUCACUGUAACACUUUUUAUCUCAGCGCUAAUGUAGAUUUUGUUUAACCUGUCCUGUGUGUAAAGAAGGUCUUUUUCAUAAUUAUGAACACUUUUAUUCUCCCUUAGUCUCAAGUCAAUUUGGAUAGUUAGUGUGUGUCUUGAAUGGCCGGCUUUAAAUUCUGGAGUUACAUUUUUAGAAAAAGAUUUGUCAUUUUGACACUUAUCAAAGAGGCUUUACUGUCGUUUUGAACCUUUAGCAAAUCAGUUAUAACCUUUUGAUAAAUUGAAAAGUGUUGCUUAACAAACCUCUGUUUUUUUUUAUUAAGCUGUCAACAAUUGCAUUAGUGGUUAGAAAACUUUCAACCUCUAUCAACAAGGUUCAAUAUACAAUAAUGGCAGUCUCAACAAGGUCCAUAUUUAUUUAACACAAAUAAGAGACUAAUGCAUUGAACUAGGGUGGAUGGAUAGGAAAUUAAAUAGGAAAAUGCCCCUGAGCUUUAUUUAUUGUUAUUGCAAAUGCUGCUUUCAGAGGAAACUGUACUCUUUUAAACUUGAACGGCAAAUCGGUUGGAAUUGUUUUCCUUUCGCUGUUGCGCCACCCAAUUUAAUUUAUAUGUCCUUUUGCUAUUCCAGUCAUUAUUAUAGCUUUUAUAAUAUUUCGUCCUAGGUGAGUAAUUUGUAGCCGUGUACCAUUACAUAACUUUGGUGCGUGAAGAUUGCUCAUUAACAGGCCUGGAACACCAACCUUCAAUCUCAACUUAUGAGAAGGCACCCCUGAUAAUUCCAAAGAAUGAAGAAACUAUAUGGGGUAUGAUGUUACUUGCUCCGUGUCCAUAACGUUGUCUACUGAAAGGUACUCGAAGAUAUCUCCCUCUACGUCCGACAUAAUUUGUUCGCUUAUCUGCCUAACUAGCUCAUUAGUUGGAGCUUAAAUUGCCCUCUCACAUCUGUUAUUCUCUGCUCUAGAGCGACAUUAUCAUAAUUUAAUUCUCGAACUAAAUCACUGCUCACUUCCCGAAUUCUCUGUGGUCUGGUCAUCCCAAAUUCAGACAAAUCUUUCCCAGUAAUAUUUAUAACGCGAUCUUCUACAAAAGUUAAUGCCUCAUUGUAAAUUAUAUCAGUCGGAUUUUGUUCUUGAACUCUGUGUAAAAUAUCAUCCGCCAUAUCAUUUUUAAACUUAUCCCACAAUUGUUGAGGAUUUUACAGUCCACAUGUUGCUACUAAUAUAACAAAAAGCUCUCGCACUUUGGGAGAAGAUUUGCAUUGUGCGGCCUCUUCUAAAGUUAAUUCCCACUGGUUCCCGUUUUCUAAUAACCCUCUGACCUCACACGUCUUUCGAAAUCUUGAUUCUUGAUCAUUAUGCUUUUUAAGAUCAUUAAAAGAGGUUAGUCCACGCACAUGAUGUAACAGAAUUCUCAAACAGAAAUAUUCCAUGUUACUAACAUGGACCGUGUAUACUCGCACUAAGGCAUAUCCAGAUUUUGAACUUACACUCCUUGAGCACGUUUCUUUUCUUUUAGUGUUGCAUUUCAGGUGUAAUACCUUGGUACCUCGACGCAAAGAAGCGGUCUUGUAAAUUAUUUUCCGUAAAAUAUAACUUUCUCCGUUUUCUAAAUUCACUCUGUGGCGAGUGUAACGGAGGGGUGCCUUUCAUGUAAGGGAAACCCUAACAGACGCCACAUAGCUUCGUUGCUGCUGAAAUAACGACCAGACUGAUAGGUUUAAACUUCAUCCACAUAAUUUGGAGAAUCCAAGUUCCUGAAAUUAAAUAAUGCUGGAGCAACAGUUUGCGUCUAACGUUUAGGGCUUGAGGAACGUGGCACGCGAAGCCCGUGUUAAUAUACGUGCAUGAUAAGUUUAACAUGUUCGACAACUUAUUUCAUAAGGGUUUUGAAUGCGUUGUUUUCCCGUAAUACCAAUAGUAUCCAAAUAUUAUUCAAAUCUUUGGUGAUUUAGGAGUGAAAGCGGUCAGAUUCCCCGGAAAGUAAUUUUUCCCAUAGGAAUGCGUUGUUUUCCCGAUGUCAAAAGUCCUCAUGUCCUCUCUUAAGUCUCAAACUAUCUCCUUACAAAAUAUCAUUUAAAUCUGUUCAGUAGCUUAGGCGUAAAAGCGAUCGGCUCACUUAAAGUUUCCCAUAGAAACGCUUCAUUUUCCUGGGUUAAAAAGUAGCCUAUGUCCUUUCUCGGGUAUCAAAAUAUCUCCAUACCAAAUUUCAUGCAAAUUGGUUCAGUAGUUUAGGCGCCAUUGUAUAACAGACAGACAGACAGACAGAGUUAUUUUCGCAUUUAUAAUAUUAGUAUGGCAAUUUUUUUCUUGCUAAGUGAUCUCGUUUAAAGCAAAACAAAUUUAAAUGGAAAGUUAACAACUGCAUCGAUACUAGACAACUUAACAGGUGUGAUCUGACUUUGUUUCAAGCAUUCAAGAGUAUUUAGAAUUCCAAAUAAUUAUUAAUUCUUUGUUUUUAAAUUAAUUCUAAAUCUAAUUUUUUUUUAUUUCUGUUAAAAAAUUCAAGUUAUAAAACCAAUUCCUCAAUUAUUUAUGGUGGCAGCCUAACAUAUCAACAAUUUCUAACAAUAGUCAUUUUGAACUUAUUGGGCAGGUUCAGGUGACACAUAAGUAAAAUUUUGAAAGUAAGGCAAGUUACUAUAUUACCUACCUGAUUGACCAGCUUGCAAAAACUUGACUUUCAAAUUUGUUAAGAGUUGGGCACCAAGUUAUUUUAUCGAAAUUGUGUAUUUUGUUGGUAUUGUAAAUCUGUUCUUCGUUGGAUUUUGUGUGUUGGCAGGUUUCAAGUCUGAAAUUCAUAAAAUAAAUGCUGAUAUUCCCCAGAGCUCCAUUUUGUCUCCAAACCGUGCAGAA